CAUCCUCUCUCUCUCUCUCCAAAAAAAAUUCUCUCUCCCCCUCUCUAUCGCUCGCAAUCUUGCUCUGCACCGCUCUCACGUCGAUUGGAAUCAACAUAUAUACAUUAUUACGUACAAACGGACACAAUCCCCCUCUCCCCUCUCACUCCACAUCCAUCACUUUCUCUCUCUCUCUCUCUCUCUCAAUCGCCGCAUUACUCCCAGAGAGAGAGAGAGAGGGAGAUGGCAUAUAACAGGCUGCCGAGCAGCGGGCACAACAGCCCUUCCCCACCCCAGUCCCCGCUCCGCUCCCCCACCCGGCUCCGGCCCGGCGGCCGGUCCUCCAAAUCCGGCCGGUUCACACAGCCGCCCCGAACCCUACCCCAGCGGCUCACCGGGAUCCUCCUCUCCGUCCUCCUACGCAGGCAGGGCAUCUUCCUCUUCGCCCCGUUGCUCUACAUCUCCGGCAUGCUCUUCUACAUGGGCACCGUCUCCUUCGACGUCGUCCCGGUCAUAAAGCACCGCCCCGCCGUCGGGUCCGUGUACCGCAGCCCCCAGCUCUACGCCAAGCUCCGGCCUGAAAUGGACGCCGACAAUUCCUCCACCGAUGCGAUAUUGACCAUAUGGAAACACCCUAAAGGUGCUGAGUGGAGACCUUGUUUAAGCAAUUCUUCAGAAGGCUUGCCUGAGUCGAAUGGUUAUGUGUAUGUUGAGGCGAAUGGUGGCUUGAAUCAGCAGAGGACAUCGAUAUGCAAUGCUGUUGCUGUGGCCGGCUAUCUUAAUGCAACUCUUGUGAUUCCCAAUUUUCAUUUCCACAGCAUUUGGAGAGAUCCCAGCAAAUUCACGGACAUCUAUGAUGAGGAUUAUUUUGUUAGUACCUUGAAAAAUGAUGUACGGAUAGUUAACACGAUUCCUGAGUACAUCAUGGAGCGAUUUGACCACAAUAUGAGCAAUGUAUACAACUUCAGGAUAAAGGCAUGGUCACCUAUUGGUUACUACAAGGAUGCAGUCCUUCCGAAGCUACUUGAAGAAAAGGUCAUACGGAUUUCUCCUUUUGCAAACCGACUAUCAUUUGAUGCUCCUCCAACAGUUCAACGGCUUAGAUGCUUGGCGAACUAUCAAGCUUUGAGGUUUUCAAAUCCUGUAUUGACUAUGGGUGAAACUCUCGUUGCAAGGAUGAAAGAACGAAGUGCAAAUAGUAGUGGCAAAUAUGUCUCUGUCCAUCUUCGCUUUGAGGAGGAUAUGGUUGCUUUCUCUUGUUGCAUCUUUGAUGGUGGUGGCAAAGAGAAGGAAGACAUGGAUGCCGCGAGGGAGAGAGGUUGGAAGGGGAAGUUCACCAAGCGUGGUCGAGUAAUUCGUCCUGGAGCAAUUAGGCUUAAUGGGAAAUGCCCUCUUACACCUUUGGAGGUCGGUUUGAUGCUUAGGGGAAUGGGGUUUGACAACAGUACAUUCAUCUUUUUGGCAUCUGGAAAGAUAUACGAUGCUGAGAGGAAUAUGGCUCCACUUUUGGAAAUGUUUCCCCUUUUACAAACUAAGGAAAUGUUGGCCUCCCAGGAUGAACUUGCUCCAUUCCAGAAUUAUUCUUCCAGGAUGGCUGCUAUAGACUACACUGUCUGUCUUCAUAGUGAAGUGUUUGUGACAACUCAAGGUGGAAACUUCCCUCAUUUUCUGUUGGGCCAUCGGAGAUACUUAUAUGGUGGACACUCUCAGACUAUCAAGCCUGACAAGCGGAAGUUAGCGCUAUUAUUUGACAAUCCUAAUAUUGGGUGGAAAAGCUUCAGGCGGCAGAUGCUUAAUAUGCGAGCUCACAGUGAUUCAAAAGGAAUUGAGCUCAAAAGACCGAAUGACUCAAUAUAUUCAUUUCCUUGUCCAGAUUGCAUGUGCCAUGUGAACAAAGCAGAAGAUUCAAGAUCAUCAUCAGCAACGUGAUUGAUGGGAAAAUUGACAGUGAUUUGUGUUUUCGGUUCAUAUAAUCUUAUAACCACCUCUGGCUUCUAACACCGCCUUUUUUGUCUCGUGAUUCUUUCAUUUUUUCCUCUUCCCAUUGGUGAGAGGGCACAUACACAUCCAUUUUUGGAGCUUCGAGUAUUUCUUGGAGGACACGGAUGAUUUCAUUUUUGCCCGGGGUUGGCUCAAAGGUGGAGUUGCAUCUUUUGUGUAAAUGAUUCCAGGAGAGGAAAGUGAUCUAUCCACUGCUCGCGGGAGCUACCUGGCCCCUGGCCUUAAUCUUACAUUGAUCUCGUUGCAGCUGCUGUAUGAUUCUAACAAGCUGCAUGGUGAUCCCUGGCAUAGAUUUGUAAUAUGGUUUUGCCAUGUUUGUAGUUGUGUACAUCAGUUUAAAUUUUGAUCAGUUCUUGUUAGAUUGUAGAAACAGCAUCGGAUUGUAUACCUUAUACAAAAAUCAGGGUAGCAAUUUUUUUCA